GCUAAAGGGACUCAUCGAUAUGGUAUCGAUGUUUCAUUCAGCUCUUUUCUACAGGACCUAAGCAUUCCUGUCAGGAAUUGUUUAAAUAUUUCGAGUCGAGCCGGUCGACAGUUCGGAAAUAAGUUCUCCCGCAGAAGCGCCAAGUUUUCCGGAUUUUAGGUGGCUGUGAGAAGAACAUCCACGCCGACUUUCCACACUUGACAAGAAUACUCGUCCCUGCAAACACACACAUCUCGUAUUUCGGUGAUAAUACAACAAAAGUUAGCCAAAUACUGCAUAUAUUAAGUUUGCUGGUCAAUCCGCAGCUUCGUCCCAUUGCCAGAAGGUGCUCGACGAAGUCACGACUGCCGUUUCCACCUGAGACAGCUGGUGCCAUUGCAAGUCGUCCAGUGGAAGAGGCAGACGUCAAGCAGACCGGCCAACUGAUCACCGAUCCUGGCCAGGAGUUUGCCAUGGAACGCCGCUACCUGAAGAAUCCCUUUGUCGAUUUCGCCGGCGGGGAGAAUACACCUUUCGCCAGCGACGAGGAGCACAUCAAGAAUCUGAUCUGCACCUAUGUGGACGCCAUACUGGAGCACUGUCAUCCGAACAGCGAUGAUGAGGACAAUCGCGGGGAUCUGUAUGUGGGCAAUGCCGGCAUAGCCUUCAUGUUCUGGAAGCUCAACAGCUGCGAGCAGACACGCGAUCUCUAUCCGGCACUGGAUCACGCGGCCUCCUUCAUCCGCAAUGCCAAGGUGAAUGCCAAUCGCUACAAGAAGCGCUCCGCCGAGCGCUACUCCUUCCUGUGCGGCAAUGCUGGGAUCUAUGCCGUCUCGGCAGCAAUCUCGCAGGAGCUGAAGGACACCGAGGAGCUGUCCGAUGACUUGGCCAACUUCAAGUCGGGCAUCCCGUGCAGCAAGGAGUUCAUGCACACCAAAUACGGCUGCGAUGAGGUGCUGGUUGGACGUGCCGGCUAUCUAUCCGGCUGCUAUUGGCUAAACGAUGUACUGCCGGAGAAGAAGAUAACCGACGACGACCUGGUAUCCAUUUGCCAGCUAAUCGUGACCAGCGGCCGCGAGUACAGCAAGCAGAACCACUCGCCGUGUCCGCUGAUGUACCAAUACCAUGGCACGGAGUACCUGGGUGCGGCCCAUGGCCUGUGCGCCAUUCUGCACAUGCUGUUGGACAGCCCGUGGUUCCGCACGCUUCCCAUUUCGGCGCCGGCCGCCGAGUUGCGCGACAUCAAGCGCUCGAUUGACUUCUUUCUGGAGCUGCAGGACAGCGAUGGCAACUUUCCGGUGGCCCUGGAGGAUCUGCGCUCGGGCAGGGACAAGCGUCUGGUGCACUGGUGCCAUGGAGCACCCGGCGCCGUUUAUUUGCUGGCCAAGGCCUAUCUGAUCUUCAAGGAGGAGAAGUACUUGACCUCGCUGCGUCGCUGUGCGGAUAUGGUGUGGAAGAAGGGCUUCCUGCGCAAGGGACCGGGCAUCUGCCAUGGCGUCGCCGGCAAUGGCUAUGUCUUCCUGCUGCUGUUCCGCCUGACCAACGAGAUGAGGUACCUGUACAGGGCGCACAAGUUCAUGGAGCUGCUGACCAAUGCCGAGUUCAAACUGCGCGCCCGCACACCGGAUCGUCCGCAUAGCUUGUACGAGGGUGUGGCCGGCACAGUUUGCUACCUCGUGGAUCUGCUCGAGCCGGAGCAGGCCUACUUUCCGUUCAUGGACGUCUUUCACUAAACCCGGCGACCCACCCCCACUCUCCAGCCCGACCAAUGCUCAACACAACAUACUUUCGAAUCAGGAAGAGUUAUCAUCAUUUCUAGUCACUUGUUUGCCGAUUUUUUGCUCAUUGUUGCCUUUGCGUUCACCCAGCGAACUGGGACGUUGGAGUGAAAGAUGGAGGAGGAUGCCAGGUGCUGCAUAGAUCCCAGGUCCCGAUGGAGCCCGUAUCCGAUCUCUGAGCGCACCGCAUGCUGGAAUGUUCUCAGUCAUUCUCAUAUCAAAAUUCUCUGUGCUUUACGCUAAGCAAUUAACUUAAUACAUUGAUACUUAUACACAGACAUAUUACAUAUACAUUAUAUUUAUAUACAAUUUAUAGUAUAUGUAUAUAUAUAUAUAUAUAUAGACACUCCUUAUUUAUAUAUGUAUAUAUAUAUAUACAGACUUGCGCUGACAUCUUAUAUACAGACAAACAUAAUACUUACAUGCAUAGUGUGCUUUAUACCUACGAGUAAUCCACGACGAGCUCUCAAUCUAUUUGUCAAUGAGAAUGAAAUAAAUCAUUGUACUAUUUUAUACGGAUAUGUACAAUCCCGUGGCCAGUUUCGAAUCCAUGGUCAUACGGCUGAAUACCCCAAAAA